CAGAAGAAGUAAAACGCAUAGCUAGCAGCUAGGCUAGCUGACGUGCUCAGAGCAGACCCUGCCGAAAUGGAUUCUCUGAGCUGAUGCGGGACAGAGGACACUAGCAGCUAUGGACCAAACGUUCGUCCAGUGGAAGAGGCAGUGUCUCAGCAGGCUGGACCUUAGUAAGAAGGCCAGUGUGGAUGAACACAUUGAACAUGUCGUAUCUCUGCUCAACAGCUGUGAGCAGUACUUCACCACCAGCUCCUGCUCGGGUCGGAUCAUCCUCAUCGACGGGGCUCCAGAGAGAAGUGAUGUCCAGAAACAAAACUGUGUUUGGCUUUUUGUCUCGCACAAGAAAUGCGAACGGGAUGAUGUGGUGUGUGCUGUGGCCCGGUCCAGUGGCGAGGCAGUGUUAAAGUUUGAGCCUUUUGUGCUCCAUGCUCAGUGUCGACGUCUGGAUGAUGCCCAGCUGCUGCACUCAGUGGCCAUCAACUCAGGCUUCAGGAACUCUGGUCUCACUGUCAGCAAAACAGGGAAAAUCAUUACGGCCGUCCGUAACACCCACGGCUUGGAGGUUCCUCUGAGCCAUGAAGGAAAGCUCCUGGUUGAACAUGAAUACAUCAGUUUCCUAACUCAGAUAGCCAAUCAGAAGAUGGAGGAGAACCAUAGACGGAUCCACAGGUUCUACCAAAAUCUCCAGACAGCCCUGUCUACAGAGAAACUCAAAAAACUACAAAUCCCAGAUCCUCCCAGCUCACAAGAACUACAAGAUUCCCCUUGCAGACCAGAGACAGAAAAUGGGGAAGCAGAUGAAAAGGAGGAUAAGAUAAAAACAAGUGUGUAUAAAAGGAGGCGCAAGAGACAACACCACCAUCAGACUGACUGUUGCCAUGGUGAUGGGUCCAGCAAUGGGCCAGAGCCGGAGGACUGUCUGGAUCUGUUCACAUGAAGAAGAGGCUCCUUUUAUCACUGACUGGAUGAUAGUGUCACUCUGUUGUAGAUGAGUUGGUGCUGAUAGGUAGCGAUUGUUUCUAUAUGAGAGAACCGGAGGCUGUUUCAUAAAGAUGAUCAGUCUGCACCACUGACCCACUCUGUGGCAGCUUUACGUCAACAGAACAGUUUAAAAUGACUCAAUUAAUGCUUAAUAUGAACCUAAAUAUUGAAUUUAAAAUAGAAUGACAAUAAUAAAAAUCUUUUUAAUAAACCAGGUGCAUCUCUUUGAAAUAAUCAUGAGAGAAACAUGAAAAAAGAGAGAACACAUUGUCUUGCAGAGGUGAGUGGAACAGAGCACACUGUUAAACACACCUGAAACAAUUCAAGACAUAAUAGAAGGAUGCAUAUAUUUGUAUGUCACCUUGUGAACAGUGAAAGUUGUGGAUAUGGCUGUAAUAUUAAAGUGAUAUUCCGGUGUAA